AUGACGACCGUGAAGAGAGUCAAGGUGACACCAAUUGAGAGCAUUAGCUCCAAAUUGGAGCCUGUGAGCAAGGAGAAAUUUCCGGACAAGCCUCAAGAUCCUGUUCGUUGGCUAAUCAACAGAUUCAAGCUCUUCUGCUCCGUCACGGCCCUCCAUGGCUUCGGACACAUUGUGCGCGAUGACAAUUCGCUGGCAGAGAAGAUCUUCUGGACCAUUUGCACACUGACAUCACACGCCACGGCCUUUGUCCUGCUCUGGUUCUCCUGGAACUGGAGCACUCUCACGCCUGUGGUCACGGUGAUUGAGAGCACACAUUACGCCACGUGGAAUAUCCCCUUUCCGGCAGUGACGAUCUGCAAUCUCAAUAAGAUCAAUGCCAAGAAAGCUCUGGCGCGCGCCACAGCCAUGCGACGACCGGACAAUGUGUCGGCCGAGGCGCUGGCAGACAUGUUCCACCAGCUGACCAUCUUCAUGGGCUACACGCACGAGUCCUCGGACGAUUUCUCCCUGAUUGACGAGACGCUGGAGAUGAACAACGUGACGGUGUUCCAACUGCUGCAGGAAUUGGCGCCCACGUGCCCAGAAACCAUGGACAGAUGCAUGUGGAAGGGCACUCAGACGCGAUGCGACACUCUCUUCCAGCCCAUCAACUCCACGCUUGGACUCUGCUGCUCCUUCAACUACUACGCCGCCGAGAAGAUGAAUUACCCCGCCAAGCUGCUGCACAGCAUCCCCAAGCAGCCGCGCAGAGUCACCGCUUGCGGCCACCAGACCGGACUCACGGUGAUCAUCGCGGCCAAUCUAGAGAACUACCACACCACAAUCCUCGGCAGCUCGGGAUUCCGCAUCAUGAUUCACAACUCCUACGACUUGGUGGAUGACAAUGCAGAGACGAAGAUCAUCGCUCCACGCCUUGAAGCCUUCUUAAGCGUCGCUCCGGAAGCCACUUACGCCACAAAGGACGUGAUCGGACUGCCCGUGUCGGUGAGGAAGUGCUUCAAUCCGACAGAGGUGAGAAUGUCCACGGUCGUGAAGUACUCCUACCUCAACUGCAUGGCGGAGUGCAGGAGUGAGAUCGCCGAAAAGUUGUGCGGAUGUGUGCCGCCGAACAUGCCCAACAACGGCUCCAGGCGCUUCUGUCAGAUGCGUGACUUGGCGUGCAUUGUCAAGCACAAGAACAUCUACAGCGGAGCUGCGCCGGGAUUCAACAUCACGCUCAGGGAGCCGGGAAAGGAUGAGUGGAUGGAGGAGACGCUCACGGUGUGUCCUUGCUUGCCGGACUGCGAGUACGUGAAGUACGGAACGGAGAUCACAACUGGAGCGUUCUCCAGGAACAAUUCCUUCAACGCUGUCAGCUUCUUCAAGGACAUCAAUCUCGACGACAAGGCGCUGGUGCACGUCUUCUUCCAAGAUCUCGUCUCGACACGGUACCGGAUGGACAUGAAUCAGAACUGGCUCAGUUGGCUGGCCACAAUUGGUGGGAUUCUUGGCCUGUUUCUAGGCUUCAGCAUCGUGACGGGAUUUGAGUUUAUCUACCUCUUUUCCCUCAGAGUUUUCUUUGAUCGUUAUGCAGAAAAACACCACCAGAAAAUUGAGCCCCCAACGAAGUGA